CCGGAGGUCCCUGAAGGCGGCCGUAGAGGAAGGAAGGAACCCUGGCAACGCUGCUGUCACAAAGCUAACGUUUAUCCGCUAAGCCUCUGAAUGCACCAGCUUUGUCAACAUGCACUUAACUGUGUAUCAACCAUCUAACCUCUACCUCAUAUCUUCCUCAUAACAAAUUCACCAUGGCAUUUUUUAACGAGCCAAGCUAGCAGACAUCUUUCUCCUUCGUCGUAGAGCAGUUAAACCAGCUAACCAGAACUAGCUGUUUGUUAGCUCGGGUGAAUAUGGCGAUUGUGUCUGGAUCCUGUGCCAGGGUAAACGGGUCUAGAAAUGGGCCGACAGUUUCGGCUACUCCAUCUGGAUCCGUGGGUCAAUCUCAGCCCAUGAUAGCGGUGUGGGAAUGGCAGGAUGACCUGGGCUAUUGGAGGCCUUACAGCGGACAGGUGAGCGCCUUCAUCGAGCGGAGUUUGUCUCCGAGGAACCAGCGAGGAGGAGGAGCAGCCGGAUCAACGAGCAUCUGCCUCGGACAAUCAGACCCCAGCCUGACGCCUUAUCUCAUCGACAUACCGAGCCUGAAGCAGUUCCGACAGGACACAGGAAAGACCCGGUCAGUGCGCCGGUCCCUGUUUGCCCAGUCCUCAGGCCUGGGCAGUGGUGUUUACUGGGAAUGGCUCAAUGAUGAAGGAGGAUGGACUCCAUACGAGACUCGCACCUCCAUCCUUCUGGAGCACAGCUACCAGGCCCGGCAAGGCACGGCAGACCUGGGCCCACAUGGAUACAACUACAUAGUGGAUCUGACGUCUCUGGCCCAGGUUAACAAAGCGACCGGCUUCAGACGGCAGGUCCGACGGCAGUGUAACCUCCCCUACCCCCUGGCCUCCUCCGGACCCCCGGCCAUACCCUCCUCCAGCCCUGCCUGCUCCUGCCAGCAGUGUUUGAGCCACAGCAGCACAGGACCCAUGCCCAGCCGCUCACGACAUUCCUUUUCAUCAGGCAGUCUGAACCGGCCCAGUCUUCAGGCCACAGGGAGGACUGCGGCUGCUCACCCCACCUCUGUCUACUCGCCAUACCCGAGGAGACCCCUCUCUGUGGGAGGGAUGUCCUGGGGCAGCCCCUGGCCUCCACCAGCCUCUGGAAGUCAGCUGUCGGCCCCACUCCUGCCCAGCUCGGCCAGUGCCAACGGGUUAAGUGUCCCCUCCAUCUCUGUGCAGCUGAACGGAUCCACCAGUGUGAGCUCGGCCCUGGCAGGCAUGGCCUCCAUUUUGAUGUCAGCAGUGGGACUCGGCGUGCACUUCACCAAUGCCCCCCUCCCUCCUCCUCAGCAGCAGCAGCAGCCUCCUCAGCAUCCUCAGCAUCAGCAUCAACAUCAGCAGCCUGCUCCUUUCUCGCUUCCUCCUCCUCCUCCUCUCCUCCCCCCCGGCAGCAGGCCCAGCAAGCCCCCCAGCAGCAGCAGCAGCAGCAGCAGCAGCAGUUCAGUUAGGAGAGCAAAGAGGCAGCACAGGAGAGCCUCUGCUCAGAGACCCGAGGAGGUGAUUCAGCGCUACAUGGAGGUAGUUGCCGGAGUGCCGGAUGAGGACUGCAUUAUCUGCAUGGAUCAACUGUCCAACGCAUCCGGCUACGAGACGCAGUCCACAGAGGAGGGGGGCCCGAGCGUCCUGCCAGACACCGUGGGGAAGUUCAUCAAAUGUGGACACACCCUGCACAUGCUCUGCAUGCUGGCCAUGUACAACAACGGGACCAAGGACGGCAGCCUGCAGUGCCCCUCGUGUAAGACGAUCUACGGAGAGAAAACCGGCACGCAGCCCAAAGGCAAGAUGGAGAUCUACAGCAUCGGCCAGUCGCUGCCAGGACACCCGGACUGUGGAACCAUCCAGAUCAUCUACAGCAUCCCGCCGGGCAUGCAGGGCCCGGAGCAUCCUAACCCCGGACAGCCGUACAGCUGCAGAGGCUUCCCUCGCUUCUGCUUCCUACCAGACAACGACAAGGGCCGGAAGGUGCUGGAGCUGCUGAAGGUGGCUUGGAUGCGGCGCCUCAUCUUCACCGUGGGAACUUCCAGCACCACCGGGGAGCCUGACACCGUGGUGUGGAACAACAUCCACCACAAAACCGAGAUGAUGUCCAACCUGUCGGGCCACGGCUACCCUGACCCCAACUACCUGGACAACGUCCUGUCGGAGCUGGCCUCUCAGGGCGUGACGGAGGACUGCUUCAAAGCUGCGGCAGGCGGCGGCAGCGGCUGCUAGGUCAAAGCUCCGGAGAAAAAAAAGUCUGCAACCUCUGUCUGUUCUUACGUUCGUUCAGCGUCCGCCCAACCCUCAUCGAGUGAGAUUAAAGCGGGAGCGGGGUAAAAAGCCUCUCUGGAACAAUUCAUUUACAUUCCUGCUCAUUCACACUCCUGGAGACUGAGCCUGUUUUCAUCAACCUGGAGACUUUCUGUUGUUUCGUUUUUUUAAACCAUCAUCUGAAUCCCCUUGAAAGUGGCAGCUUUACACGGAGGAUAGGAAUCUCAUUAAGCACUUUAGUUCUGACUGCAUUUAGCAAAACCACGUGUGAUUUCCCGGUGAAAGGGCAAAUUGGGAAGUUAUGCAAUUAAAGGGGAAAAACACUGGAACACGCGUAGCAAAGUGAGUGUAUAUUCGCCUGUCCGAUGUAAAUAACAACAACAUGUAAUAGAACAUUGUUAAAAAAAGAAGAGAAACCGGUUGGGUCCAAAAGUCAAGGAGAGAAACGUUGUGUAUUUUUAAAUGUUUACUCUGCUUCUGAUUGGACCAUCUGUUGUGAUAUUUUACUCUCUAAUCGAAUUAGAUCAACAGAUGUCUGACGCACUCACGCUCAUGUUUUGAAUCUGCAGUAACGGCGCCCGUGGGCAUUGUUUCCGUCAGUGUGUUAAGAGUGUGUGUGUGUGUGUGUGAGGGGACGAGGUCGUACAGCGCCACGUCCUCCGGUCCGAAACAGAUGGGGGGGGGCUCCGGUUUAAGGACAUUUUAAAGUGUGACAAUCAAGGUCAUCGAACUCGUCUUGAUUAACCAAGACACGCGAGGCGGCGGCCGGCAUGAUCAUGUUCCCCGCGGGCUGUGAGCGCAGCGCCUGAACGCACCACAGCGGACUGAGUCUUGACAUGUAUACAAGCAACACUCAAAAAAAGUCUCUGCAAUAAAGAAAUGAAACUAAAUACAUCCUCA